AUUCAGUUUCACGAGUUUCUCACAAAUAACACCCUCAAGAGAACUGAAAACCUCGCUGAUUGUAACCACAUAGCCAUGUCUGUGAUCGAGAAAAACUGGCAAACAACAAAACCAACUAUCAGAGAAAGAAGCAAGCACAUGUUCAACAAUGAUCUCUUCAGCGAUGUCAAGUUUGUUGUGCGAGGAGGGCGCAAUGGCGAAAGUGAAAGUAAACAAGUGAUUCCUGCUCACAAGUUUGUGUUGUCGAUUAGCAGUCCUGUGUUUGAAGCCAUGUUUUACGGUGAGCUGAUUGAACUGCCUGACUGUAAGUACGACAGUCUGUUGGAGUUGUUUCGUUACAUGUACAGCGAUGAAGUGAUCUUGAGCGGAAGUAAUGUGAUGGGAGUGUUGUAUUUAGCGAAGAAGUACAUGGUGCCUUUACUGGCUGAGAAAUGUGCGGAAUAUCUGCAGGAUAAUCUAGAGGCAUCGAAUGUUUUCGGUAUCCUGCCACAAGCUCGGAAAUUUGAAGAGCAAAACCUGGUGGAUCAAUGCUGGGAAGUUAUCGAUAAACAGACAGAAGAGGCCGUGAAAUCAGAUGGAUUUGCGACAAUUGAGAGAUCGUUACUUGAAGCAGUUGUCGAACGUGACGCUUUGAACAUUCAAGAGAUAGAGUUGUUCAAAGCGGUGAAUUUGUGGGCGACAAAGAGAUGUGAAGAACAAGGCUUAUCAACAGAUGGAAGUGAAAAAAGAAGAAUGCUCGGAGAACGGAUUGUGAAAGGAAUACGUUUUCCAGUGAUGACCCAACAUGAAUUUGCUGCUAUUGUUGUUGACUGCAAGAUACUGAGCCCAGAGGAAGCUUUGAGCCUAUUCAAAUAUUUCAAUUCAGUUCCCGACACUGCAGUAGAAUUUCUAGAGACCAAACGAACUGGUUUGACGGAACUGCGAUUUGAGCGUUGUCGCAGAUAUGGUUCCGUGGAUUACACUGAGCCAGGCUAUUCUUAUUCACCUGAUUUUAUAGACUGUCUUGCUUUUAAAGUGGACAAAGAAAUUUCCUUACUUGGAGUAACACUUUGCGGAAGUAAAGAUAACACGUAUUCUGUAACUUUACGCGUAACUAAUUUAGACAACAAGGAAGUUCUUAUUGUCACAACAGGAACGUUUUCUUCAGAUUUUAUCAAGUCAGAGCCAUGUCUUUAUCGUGGCUUCGAUAUUUUCUUUGACCGUCCAGUUUUCUUGAAAAGAAAUGUCCUGUACGGUUUUAAAGCUCAUAUUUCUGGUGCCAAUUCUUGUUCAUGUCAGAAAGGUAAAAUGGUUGUGGUCUCUUCGGGAGUUAGAUUUAACUUUAGGGUAUGUUGUGGCAGCAACAAUGGAACAAGCGUUGAACGUGGCCAAUUUCCAGAGAUUCUCUUUACUGUGUAAUAUUGUUUCAGUGAUUGAUUUUAAAUUACAAUCGAUUAAACCUAAAUCGAUUAAACCAUGCAAAUAAGCACAAGAUACAUGUCAGCUUUCUAUUAAAACCCUACGGAGCGGUUUUCGUUAAAUCAAAACCAAACCAAUUACACCGUAGUAAAACCUAAACCAAAGCAAUUGUCUAAUUACUUCGGAUACUCAAUUGAAAACCGUUCUAUUACCCAGCUCUUGGGGCCAGUCAUGAUAGAGGAAAUUUGUAUCUUUAGUGAAUGUAAAAUAUGCCUGUUGAAUGGUCUCUGUUAUUAGUCAGGUGGCUUAACGCAAUAUUUAGGCUGGAUCAUGACAAGAGUGAUAAAAGCAUGAAAUUUGGCACACAGCUUGCUUAUACCCUACCAAAUGAUAUUAGAAGGGGUGUAUGGAACGCCAGAACUGUCUUAUGAUACUUUUUUUUUAUUAUA